CAUGACCCAGGGAUCUAUGCGGAUCCCUUCGCAUUCAAUCCCGACUCGGACAGAUUCCUGAUUUCUGGCAACAGGAAUCUCGAGCCUGACUUUCGCGAGGUUCUCUGGGGCUUUGGAAGAUGGGAGAUGCUAUCGCUGUAUGAAGGAGGAGGCCAGAUUAAGAAGCACACCCUUCCAGUAUAUGCUCAGGUCCGCCGCGACUAUUCAAACCGUAUACCGGACGUUGGUCACUGA